UUUUUAGUAUUGAAUUGAAUGUGAAUUAUGUUUACAAUCAUUGAGUGAUUGUAUGAAUACAUUGAAUGAUGGCAUCAAUGGUUGUGACAAUUGAUGACAUUUUGGAUCAAUUAAUAAAUGAAAACAAACGACUUGUCAAUGAGUUAUUAUUUGCCAACAAAUUGAAGAUAUUUUUGAUGAAAUUGUUUGACAAAUAUGAAGAACAUAUCGAUGGAGAAGACAAACAUGAGUUCAAACAAUUACAAGAAGUUAUGGAUAAUGAAUUGGAAAUGAAGAACAAAGAAGAAUAUAGAGAUGACUCUCGUGUUGUGUAUAUUAAAAGUGAAGACAUUGUCGUCGAUAAAAUGAUUUCAACGAAACGCCAAUCUAUGAGUUGUUUAAGAAAACAAAACCCAAAAGACAUUACAAGAAAUAUUAAAUUAAGAAAAAGUCUUCGAAAAAAAGUGAUUAAAAAAUCGGAUGACUUGAAGACAACCGAUACCUAUAUUUGUCCUAAAAAUACAUGUCAGAAGUCUUUCGUACAUUUAUAUAGAUAUUUGGCGCACAAGAAGAUGUGUGAAGAGAAGAAAAUAAAAAAGAAAUAUUAUAGUAAUAAUUGUAAACAAUAUAAGUGUCAUUACGAUGGAUGCGAUAAAUCUUUUAAUAACAAAAAUAAUAUGCGAAAACACGAGAAGACAAUUCACGAGAAAGACAUCACAAAAUGGUUGAGCUGUGAGUACACUGACUGUCACUAUAAGUGUCGAAUCAAAAGUCAAAUGAAGAAUCAUAUUAAUGGCAAACAUUCAAAUGAUAGACCAUUUGUUUGUCCGAUAAUUGGUUGCAAUAAACGAUUUAAAUUACAACAAUAUUUACAAAGACAUUCACUUAUUCACACAGAUAUUGUAAUCAAGUGUGAGUUUGAUGGCUGUCCGCGACAAUUCAAAUAUAGAAGUUUAUUGAAUAUACAUUUGAGAGAACAUUUAAGUGAACCGACAUUCAACUGUCCAGUGAACGGGUGUACCGAAAAGUUUUGUACCCGAUCUCAGGUCGAAAAACAUCAAAGAUCUUUCCACAAAAAACGUAAAAUCAAAUAUAAAAAACGGUGUGAUUGGCCCGGAUGUGACUAUUUUGGUAUAAAUAUAAGUUUUCAUAAGAGAAUUCAUACGGGAGAGAAACCGCACGCAUGUGUUUGGCCACAAUGUGACAAACGGUUUGCCGAAAAACAUAGACUCACUCAACACAUGAAUAUUCAUAAUAAUGUUAAACCUUAUGCGUGUCGUUGGCCGGGAUGUGAGUACCGGUGCGCUCAUCAAUCAAAUAUUAACAAACAUAUAAAACAAGUGCACCAAAAAUCUUGA